UGGGAAGGAAAUGGAUGGUUUUAAAAAAACGAAAAACAUUUAAUUAAAUUAAUUACAAAAAUGCAAUACUAUUUCUUGUGAUACUGAUAUUUCAAGUAAUUAGAUAAGUAGCUUCAAUUCUAGUUAGGUUAUUUUAUACAUUGCAUGUUAGUGAAUUCCAUUAUUUAUUCCUAUUUUAAUGAACUCGUGAAUCUCUGACAUCUGACGUAGUGGAUCUAAAAAGGCUAAAUGUUAAUGAAUAAAGUCCAGAAAUGAAGCAUAAAAGUAAGAAGAAGUAUCAUCACAAUGACUCGGACUCCGAAAGCGACGUUCCGCUGGUGGACUUCCAGAGUCGAUCCAAGAGCAGCCUGUAUACGUACUCUGUGGAGAAAUGCGACUUUUGUGAUAUGAUCUUCUAUAACAAAUACAACAUGCUAGUCCACAACGCGAAGCACAUAAUAAUACCCUUAAUAAACCAGAAGCUCUACGAAUGCACCCAAUGCAAGCGCUUGUUCAACACCGUAGAAUCUCUCGAAUGGCACUCGAUCAAUAGUCACUCUUACAUCUCUAGCAAUAAGGAUUAUUUGCCCAAAAUACUGCAGAGCUUCGUCAAAAGGGAACCAGUCACAAUGUUGACUAAAGAACCUCUAAUAGAUAUAAGUUUACACAGAGCAAACGGUGAAAGUCCUGAUAUCACAAGUAAUGUACCUGAUUUAUUAGAAAGUUUCGUGAAGAAAGAGCCCGUGACAAUGCUCACAAAACUGCCUGAUCCACCGUCAAGAACUGAGAAUAUUCUAGAAAGUUUAGUGAAGAGAGAACCGAUCAUGUUGUUGAACAACGAAAGCUUUCUGAACAGCAAUCUCCACAAAGAUGAAGCUUACUCGGAUUCAGAUAGAGAUAUGCCAUCGGACAGUGAUGAUGGUGAUGAAAACGAAGUAUUGAAUAGCGAUGAUGAAAUAAUUGAAAUUAAAAGCAAGAUAGAGUUUGAAUACAUCAACAUUGAUACUGAAAAGAAGAUUAAAGACAGAUUGUUGUUCGAAGAUGAUGAUGAUGAAGUAUUUCAUGAUCCUAAUCUAUUUGUUAAUGAAAAAGAAGCUUUAAAUAACUGUAAAAGAAACACAAUAAUAUUAGGGAACAAGCCGAACGUGAAAUGUAAUGGGGAUGAAAGUGUGCAUGAAGAGGAAUUCCAUAGUGUGCAUUACGAUGAGCUGAUCAGACCAGGAGUGUAUCGUUGCAAAAAAUGCACCAUGGUUUUCCCUAGCAAAUUCGACGCCAUCAUCCACGAGACAGACCAUAUCAGAUUCAAACGCCGUGUGCCCUUCAUGUGCCGAAUCUGCGAUUGGGCAGUAGGGAACAACUUAGCAGCCCUACAGUACCACAAAAGACGGAAGCACCCCGACAAAGAAUUGAAAACUCACAAGGAAUUCACCAAGUGCUUCGAAUGUGGUCUCCGUUACAUCAGCAAUAUGAGACACAGGCAGAACUACCACAACGAAUUCGCUUGCAAAUUUUGCCGGGACGUGUUCACGUGUCAAAGUGAUUUGGAUAGUCAUAAGUUAGAACAUGUUAAAGGCGAUCACGAGUUUAAUUGGUCGAUAAAAACAGUGAAAGUGUGUGAUUUUUGCUUCGGCUGGUUUAAGGAUAAAGUGAAUUUGAAAUAUAAGCAUAUAAAAGACUAUUUUAGGUUGGGUGAACGGUUACAGUGUGAGCGAUGUGAGAAAUACUGCUUUCAAUUGAGGAUUGUGAGGAUCCGAUGGAGGAAACGAAGGAACCCCAUGAGAGAACAGUUGACGUACGAGUCUAAGAAAAAGAAACCUAUGAACAACUCAGAUAGGUUGAAGAAUGUGCAACAGCGGCUAAAGAUGUUGAAAACAUUAAAUAAAUUUUGAUUUCGCGUUU